AUGACAAUUGACGAUGAGGAGUGGGCUCAUGUCGUGAGAGCGGUUUCCAGGCUUCUGGGAUGGAUAUACACAUUAUCAUGGAGCGCUUCUUUCUAUCCACAACCGCGGUUGAACUGGAAGCGGCGCUCAACGCAAGGGCUGGCCAUCGACUUCCCUCUUCUUAACGUUCUAGGCUUUGUGUGCUAUAGUAUUUCGACAUGUUGUUUCUGGUUUUCACCGACUAUCAGACAGCAAUAUGCAGCAAGGCACCCGGCCUCACCGGAGCCCACUGUUCAACUCAACGAUGUGGCCUUCGGCGUUCACGCCGUCAUCCUGGUCACCGUGACCUACUCGCAGUUCUUCUCUCGCUUAUGGAGGUUCCCCAAUCCAUCUCUUCAGCGAGCAACGAGGCCAGUUCUGGGUAUUCUUUGGGGGAGUAUUGUGGGUGUCGCAGGCAUCACACUUGUGGUGGUGUUUCGCUCAGGCUGGAAAGACCAGGACCCGCUCGACUGGGCCUGGAUUGAUGUGUUGUACACGUUGGGUUAUGUGAAACUGAUCGCCACAUUCGUCAAGUACAUCCCGCAAGCCUUCUUCAACUACAAGCGCAAAUCGACCGAGGGCUGGAGUAUUUGGCAGAUCCUGUUCGAUCUCACAGGUGGAGUGCUCUCGGUUGCACAACUCGUCUUGGAUGCAAGUUUUGGUGGUGAUUGGAGUGGAAUCACCGGGAAUCCUCUCAAACUGGGUCUCGCAAACAUCAGCAUGGCCUUUGAUGUGGUUUUCAUCACCCAACACUUUAUCCUCUACCGUGGCCAGGAUGACGUCUCUACCACGCCAGACGAUGAGGACGACUCCCAGAGGCCGUUGCUCAGCCAGUGA